UCCAACAGGUCUAAACUAAACUAAACUCCCCCAAAAUGAACGGAAAAGGGAAAACGCAGUAGAGGAGAUAUGAGAGAGCCGAGUUACGAUCUGAGUCGGCUCACCGAGUCUACAUCUGUCCAAAGAGGGAAGGGAGAAGAAAAAAAAAAGAGAGGCUUAUGUAACCGAUAGAAAAGGGAUCUUUAGAUUUUUUUUUCUUUUAUCCCAUAUUUGGAUGGGUGUGUUGAAAUAGCGCAACAAAUGGUGAAGGAUGAGGAGAUUAUUACUCUCUCCCAACUUUACUCCUCUCUCGCCUCUCACCCUAACCCUAGUUCUUCCCCCAAAUCCUACCGUUGGGGUUUACCGUCAUCAUCAUCUUCUCUAUCCUCUCGAUUCGGUCCCUCUGCUCAGCGAUCUAGGAGGUUGCUUUGUGAGAGUGUGUAUGCUCUACAAUGGAAGAUAACGGUGGUGCAGGUGCUUCUCCUUUUGAUGCUUUGAAGAAUAUAGUGAGGAAGAAACGCAGCCUCAUUGCUCGUCGUCCUCGCACUGGUUCGGAUCACUUCAGCAAGAUCUGGAGUGAUGAUAUCCCCGCUUUUGAUACUAACCCUAGAAGGAAAGAGUUUAGUCUUAGCCACUGUAUAUCCAGGGCUGAAUCCCAAAGAGGAAACAGUGAUUCUCUGCAGAGAGAGGUCAUCUCUAGGAACAUACGCUCAACUGAGGGUGAGUGGGGUGAUGGCAUGACCAAUGGAAAGGGAGCUGAUUUGGGUGAAAGGAAGAUAAUGAAGCUUAAGAUUGGUGGUGUGAGUCGUCUGGCUCAUGCUAAUGGUUCACCUCGAAAGUCUUCUAAACCGGUGAAUGCUGCUUCUUACAACCAUUUGGUGGAGGAAAGUUCAGAAGAUUGUAAUUCCCCUCUAGAUAAGAAGGCUGAUCUCGAGGGCGCUGCUGAGAAAGACGAAUCCAUGACAGGGAGGAGAAAACAAGGGGAACCAGGUGGCUCGGUUCGCAAAAGCAAACGAGCUCUUAAGAAGCAGGUUUCUGAUAGCGAUGAUGACAGUGAUCGUGAGAUCCGAUAUCUGGAAAGCCUCAAGUAUAAGAAUGUCGCUGUGAGUAAUGAAGGGACUGACUCGGGGAGGAGACAAUUGAAGCCAUCUGGUGGGGUUACAAUUGGGGAAAAUUCUGCAUCUGAAAAGGCUUCUGGCGACUUGGAUGCGGAGGAACUUGAACCGGUGCCUGAUGGAAUAGAGAUUGGCAAUGAGACUAAGAGGGAAUCGACUAUGACUAGUCGCCAGCGAGCCCUUGCUUCUGCAUCUGGCAAAUCAACCGCAAUUGAAUUUCCAGAUGGAUUGCCUCCUACAACUAGAAAGAAAAGGGAGAAUCUUUCAGAAAUGGAGCAGCAAGUGAAGAAGGCAGAAGCUGCUCAAAGGCGAAAAGUGCAGGUUGAGAAGGCUGCAAGGGAGUCUGAGGCAGAGGCCAUCAGAAAAAUUCUAGGCCAAGACUCGAGCAGGAAGAAGCGUGAAGACAAAAUUAAAAAGCGACUUGAUGAAAUUGCUCAGGAGAAAGCUGCGCAUGAGGAAAGGGUCUCCACAAGCUUCAUCAGAACAAUCAUGGGUCCUAAUGGAACCACUGUUUCAUUUCCCAUUGACAAAGUGCCUAGCCUGUUUGAUCAAAAGCCAUCUGAGUAUCCUCCUCCGCGAGAAAAUUGUGCAGGACCAUCAUGCACCAAUCCAUACAGGUAUCGUGAUUCAAAGACUAAGGUUCCUCUGUGCAGCCUCAAAUGCUACAAGGCUGUUCAGGAGCAGCAGCAGCAGCAGACCUCUGAACCAGCUACAGAGCAGCAGCAGCAGACCUCUGAACCAGCAACAGACGGCACCCCACCGGUUUAGAUUGUGAUUGAUUUUCUGGAUAUAAAAGGACAAGAACUUAGAGCGUUAUGAUUGUUGCAAUGAGGAGGUUCUUGGCUUCCUCAUUUUAUUGAACUACAGAAAGACAUGGUUUUCUUAUUUUUAUACUUUGCUUCAGACU